AUCUCGGGUAAGUGUAACAUGUGAGCAUUACUAGGCAUUUCGUCCUGCGGGACUGCAGUCUUUGCUCUUCAGACUGUUGCUCAGUUGGAAUGCUUCCGUGGGGUCCCUCCUGAGGUUCAACAGAUAUUUCUUAGGGACCUACUCGAUGGGGAUGUCAGUGGCGUUUUUGCAAGAUCAUCUGAGGAACACGAAGGCUUCUGAAAUCUACUGAAAAAAUAACUAGCAGUUUUCACGGUGGAAAGAAACUGUACUGGCACAGAGACGGAUGAUUGAAUAAAGUAGUUGGCUCCAGGAAGAUGCACAGUCUGCUGUUUUUUCCUCUGAAUGAAGACUGUUUAAUGGAAGCUGUGCUCCUGUGGCGAUCAGAGGAAACACUAGAAUGAUAAACUACAGGGUUUUUGUUUGUCAAGAAAAACCUGAAGCUCGGAUGCCCUGAUUCCUUCGCAGCCUCCGUGUUCUGCUGGGAUUCUCCUCCAACACCAUUUUUGUCUGGUGCCGGUGCCCUUUUGCUGGAGCAGCCACAGACAGCUGCCUGAUGGAGAAGGAAUAAAUGCUCUGCUCUUCUUAUGCUGCCGAUGGGAAUAAAGCUAUCUGUGUUUCUCCUGUUGUAUGGGAAAUCUGGAUUAAUCAGGCAGUAUUCUAGUACCAAGGGUCCUAUUGUCUCCUGUGGUCUGACUCAUCACAUGUAAAUGUACUGCAGCUUUGCUAUUAAUGCAGAGUGGUUUUUUGUUGUUGUUGUUUUUUCUUUUCCCAAAUACUGAAAGAAUUGUCAACCUCUGAGCUUCAUUUUCGGAAUUUGUGCUGAACCCUCAGUCUGGUUUUUUGGUUUGUUUGGCUUUUUGUAUUUUGUUUUUUGGAUAGUGUUAAGCCAGUGAAGCUGAAGAAAUGAAGACCAAUUAAAAGUAGAAACAGAAUAGUGAGAUUUGAUUUUUCAUUUUCACUUGUAAGCAGUCCAGCUCCUGGUAGCUAUAUGACCUUGCAGGCGAGAGUGGGUCUGCUGCGAUCGCCUCUGUCCCGGCAGUUGUCUCUCAUUUCAUUCUGCAUCGUGUGCUGUUGUGUCACCAGAACAAUGCUCAUUCUGUGCAAGUGAUCUCUGAGACAGAGCAAUCUGACCGUUUUGGUAGGGGGGAAAUAUUUUUAAGUGAGCCUGUACUAGACUCAGUUUUAGUUAUUGACACAUUGAUCUUUUAAUGAGUGAGGUAACCUAGUAGAAAAAGAAUAGAAUUUUGUUAUUUUUAGGAAUUUACAGGCUCAUGUAGCCAUAAUUUUAAACUUCAGUUUUUCUGAUAGUACUUCCUAACUUUAGAAAACCAGCUGCGCUGUUCAGAGAAUGUUUGUAAGUGUUGUACAGAAGGGAAGGAAAAAUUGCUUGAGCUCCUCCAGCUGGGACUUUGAUCAAAUAGCUUGGAAUUUAGAGUUUUAAAAGAGCGAAUGAGUCGUGUAUGUAUUGUUGUUUUGGAGGAGGUAGAAGAUGAAUCUCCUCCAUUCAUUUCUAAAUUGCCACAGGAAAGUAAAUGUCUACAUCCUCCACCUGGGAAUGUAUUGCCAUCACUGGUGCAAGCUAUAUUUAAUGGAGAUCCUGAUGAAGUUCGAGCACUAAUAUUUAAGAAAGAAGAUGUUAACUUUCAGGACAGUGAAAAGAGAACCCCACUGCAUGCUGCUGCCUAUCUUGGAGAUGCAGAAAUCAUUGAACUGCUCAUUUUAUCUGGAGCUAGAGUUAAUGCCAAAGACAGCAAAUGGUUGACACCUUUACACAGAGCAGUUGCAUCUUGUAGUGAGGAAGCAGUUCAGGUACUUUUGAAGCAUUCUGCAGAUGUUAAUGCACGAGACAAAAAUUGGCAAACCCCUUUACACAUAGCUGCUGCUAAUAAAGCUGUCAAGUGUGCUGAAGCUCUGGUCCCCCUCCUGAGUAACGUGAAUGUGUCUGACCGGGCUGGGAGAACUGCACUGCACCAUGCAGCUUUCAGUGGGCAUGGCGAGAUGGUCAAAUUACUUUUGUCUAGAGGUGCCAAUAUUAAUGCCUUUGACAAGAAAGAUAGACGUGCUAUCCAUUGGGCAGCAUAUAUGGGUCACAUUGAUGUGGUGAAACUACUUGUGGCACAUGGAGCUGAAGUGACGUGCAAGGAUAAGAAGUCGUACACACCUCUUCACGCAGCAGCCUCCAGUGGGAUGAUCAGUGUGGUCAAGUACCUUCUAGAUCUUGGAGUUGAUAUGAAUGAACCAAAUGCGUAUGGAAAUACACCUCUUCAUGUAGCCUGUUAUAAUGGACAAGAUGUUGUAGUGAAUGAACUCAUAGAUUGUGGUGCUAAUGUAAAUCAAAAGAAUGAAAAAGGGUUUACUCCCUUACACUUUGCUGCUGCAUCAACUCAUGGAGCACUGUGUUUAGAGCUUCUGGUUGGCAAUGGUGCCGACGUCAAUAUGAAGAGUAAAGAUGGGAAAACCCCACUGCACAUGACUGCCCUCCACGGUAGAUUCUCCAGAUCACAAACCAUUAUCCAGAGUGGAGCUGUAAUUGACUGUGAGGAUAAGAAUGGAAACACCCCUUUGCACAUAGCAGCACGGUAUGGCCAUGAGCUACUCAUCAACACUCUGAUUACAAGUGGUGCUGACACUGCAAAGCGCGGCAUACAUGGAAUGUUCCCCCUCCAUUUGGCAGCCUUAAGUGGUUUUUCAGAUUGCUGCAGGAAACUUCUUUCUUCAGGGUUUGAUCUAGACACUCCGGAUGAUUUUGGCAGGACCUGUCUGCACGCAGCUGCAGCUGGAGGGAAUUUGGAGUGCCUAAACCUUCUGCUGAAUACUGGUGCCGACUUCAACAAAAAGGACAAAUUUGGGAGAUCUCCACUGCAUUACGCUGCUGCCAAUUGCAAUUACCAGUGCCUGUUUGCUCUUGUGGGAUCAGGAGCGAGUGUGAAUGACCUUGAUGAGAGAGGCUGCACACCCCUGCACUACGCAGCCACGUCAGACACGGAUGGCAAGUGCCUGGAAUACUUACUAAGAAAUGAUGCAAAUCCAGGGAUCCGGGACAAGCAAGGAUACAAUGCGGUUCAUUACUCAGCUGCUUAUGGUCACCGUCUGUGUCUUCAGCUGAUUGCAAGUGAAACUCCUUUAGAUGUUUUAAUGGAAACCUCUGGGACAGAUAUGCUAAGUGAUUCAGAUAACCGAGCAACAAUAAGCCCAUUACAUUUGGCUGCCUAUCACGGUCACCAUCAAGCACUGGAGGUGCUAGUGCAAUCUUUGUUAGAUCUUGAUGUGAGAAAUAGUAGUGGAAGAACACCCUUAGAUCUGGCAGCAUUUAAGGGUCAUGUGGAAUGUGUGGAUGUGCUCAUUAAUCAGGGAGCCUCCAUCUUAGUGAAGGAUUACAUUUUGAAGAGAACACCUAUACAUGCAGCAGCAACAAAUGGUCACUCGGAAUGCUUACGGCUGUUAAUAGGAAAUGCAGAACCACAGAAUGCGGUAGAUAUUCAAGAUGGAAAUGGACAGACGCCUCUGAUGCUGUCUGUUCUCAACGGGCACACGGACUGUGUCUACUCACUGCUGAACAAGGGAGCAAACGUGGAUGCCAAAGACAAGUGGGGAAGGACGGCCCUGCACAGGGGGGCGGUUACGGGUCAUGAAGAAUGUGUGGAUGCGUUGCUGCAGCAUGGUGCUAAGUGCUUGCUCCGGGAUAGCAGAGGUCGAACUCCCAUACACUUGUCCGCGGCCUGUGGACACAUUGGGGUCCUUGGCGCCCUGCUGCAGUCGGCAGCAUCCAUGGACGCAAACCCAGCCCUCGCAGACAAUCAUGGCUACACCGCGCUUCACUGGGCUUGCUACAAUGGUCAUGAGACAUGUGUAGAACUUCUUUUAGAACAGGAAGUUUUCCAGAAAACAGAAGGAAAUGCUUUCAGUCCAUUGCAUUGUGCUGUAAUCAAUGACAACGAAGGUGCUGCUGAGAUGUUGAUUGAUACGUUAGGCGCCAGCAUUGUGAACACGACAGAUUCCAAAGGAAGAACUCCUCUGCAUGCGGCCGCCUUCACAGACCAUGUUGAGUGUUUACAGCUGCUGCUCAGCCACAAUGCUCAAGUCAACUCUGUGGACUCUUCUGGAAAAACACCUCUCAUGAUGGCCGCAGAAAACGGACAAACAAAUACCGUUGAGAUGCUGGUCAGCAGUGCUAGUGCAGAUCUGACUUUACAAGAUAACAGUAAAAACACCGCCCUGCAUUUGGCUUGCAGCAAGGGUCAUGAAACUAGUGCCUUGUUAAUAUUGGAAAAGAUAACAGAUAGAAACCUCAUCAAUGCAACCAAUGCAGCCUUGCAAACACCUCUGCAUGUUGCUGCCCGAAAUGGGCUAACAAUGGUGGUUCAGGAACUUUUGGGGAAAGGAGCAAGUGUGCUUGCAGUAGAUGAAAAUGGUUACACCCCAGCCUUGGCCUGUGCUCCCAAUAAGGAUGUGGCCGAUUGCCUGGCUCUCAUCUUGGCCACAAUGAUGCCUGUCUCAUCAAGCAGCCCUUUAUCAUCCCUGACAUUCAAUGCCAUUAACCGUUACACCAACACCUCAAAAACUGUCAGCUUUGAAGCUUUGCCCAUCAUGAGGAAUGAACCCAGCUCCUACUGCAGUUUUAACAACAUCGGCGGGGACCAGGAGUACUUAUACACUGACGUGGACGAGCUCAAUGACUCCGACUCUGAGACCUACUGAGAGGCUGAGCCUGAGGUCGAAGGAGGAAGUUCUGACACUAACGCUUCAAACUGUGCUUUUUCAGGAAAAAGGCACUUUCUCAUUCACAUACAAAUCCACCUGAGAAGAACGAUCGCACAGUGAGUGAAUGUAAGAGAUGGCAUGACAUUAAGAAGAAUUUUAAAGGCAAGUUUUGCAAAAGGAACUUCUAGAAUCUUGAAAUAGACUUGACCAGAGGAAAACAUGAUGUCAGAUUGCUCUGUGGAAGUGUUUAAUUUGGUUUUGCAGUGCCCGGAGUAAUUUGGGACACUGUGUACCCUAACCUGCUCACACAAGCCAACGCUGUUGUAAAAAGAGGGAUAAAGACACUAGAUUCAAAUUUUACCAAUAAAAUUACAGCUACAUUUAAAGGCAAUAAAAGUUUGGUACAGUGGGCAUUGUGUGCACAGCAAAUUGCCAAAGGACCAAAUAAUUCAAAGGUUCUUUCAGUAGAAUGCCAUUUUGUGGAAACUGGGGUAGGUGAAAUAUGAGACAUUAUCUAAACUUUAAUAUUUCAGAAAAUGAAGCUGAGAUUUGAUUUUAAGUGUUGAUUUUUUUAAAUAAAACAUCUGAAAGAAAGCUUUCCAAUACUGUAUUAAACCAUGAAAGAAAGCAGAUGUAUUUUUACAUGUUUUUCUUUUACAUAAAAAUUUUAAAAUUCCAAUUUUUAUAAUGUUAGAAUUGAAAACCAGCUGACUGGGUGUAGUAAGGGUGGAAAUACACAUGACAUAGACAUGCGGUGGGGUAGGGGCUAUCGCCCAGUUUUGAAUGGUUUGCAUUUAAAAUUGAACUAUUUUUGUUUAAAAAUGUAAAGAAUUUCCUAGGGAAAAAAAUCCAUGAAGUCAAAUGAUUGUUCCGCCCUGUUGCAGCGAAAUGGCCCUGGGGAGCGGAAGCUUCAGCCUUACCCUUGGAUACACCUGUGUCACUCAGCGUCACUUCUGUGCCUCCACAAUGGGUUGGGGGAUUUUUGUUGCUGUCAUUUAUUUUGAUCUUUGAGUUUUGAAAAAGUAAAGAAUCAGAAGGGAACCAAAUCCAUUACGCUCAUAAAGUAAGCAUCACUGGGUCUCGUGGAAGGCAUUUCUGUAUUGGACAAGAUUAAAACACUAAAGCCGUCAGGUCCUGCAGCGUGUUCUAGUAACCUGUCACUACUGGGAGACAGAAGAAACCGCCCGCCAAAUGGAAGACGACCUUUCAAAUAACAGAGAGAAGGCCAGUGUCUAGGCUUUUAAAUAACAGUUGAUGCGAUUCUGCUGUUACUGUAAACUCACUUUCCCAGUGAAUAUGAUUUUGCAUAUGUCAGGGGUCUUGAACAGGUCUGGGUAAAAGUUCCAUAGAUUGCAGCAAAAAGAUAUCCAAUUUCAUUUUAUCUUUUUUGUAUUGUGAAACUGGAAACUUUAUGACAUUGUAAAUUAUCAGCUGGUUUUUCUGAAUAUAAAGUGUGAAAACACAGAACAGUAUUUUGAUCUAUUUGAUAAUUUUGUGGGUUUUUUGAAGAAUUAAUGAGCAUGUACAUAGAAAUAGUGACUGCUUGAAUACUGUAUUUACUUGCACUCUUUCAGUACAUCAAGAUUCCUGUAUAUUUUAGAGUAUAAUAAAACACAGAUGUGAGUUGUAUUUAA